CGCUGUGAUGCGUCCAGGAAUCGACGUGCAAUCAGCGCUCAAUCAGCACGAAACUCUCAUGAAGCAACGUUCCCUGGUAAUAAACCGCGGUUUACAUACAAGACAGGCUUCAUGACAUAGUGUAAAUUGAUGAUACUACAAGACCCACUCAAACUCCAGCUGAUUGAGCCUGCCGAAGCGACGCUCACUCAAACUUGUAUCGGCACCGACUGCCGCGGCCGUCAAGUUUCUAUGUCUGCCUGUGCUACCCAUAUAAAUACUUCCAUAGCUACCGUCCGGCUCAGCGCUUCACUCGUGUCAGACGUUCAUCUACGCCCACGUUGACACGGCCACUACAUACCAUGGAUAGUACCCAACCCAAGCUCAGGGUCGCAAUCGUCGGGGGUGGCAUUGGCGGAUUGACCCUUGCCGUCGCCCUCCACAAGCUCUGCGGAUCACGGUUUCAAGUCGACAUAUAUGAAGCUGCACAUACACUCACCGAAAUCGGUGCGGGUAUUGGUGUCUGGCCUCGUGUCUGGGAGGUCAUGGAGGCACUUGACCUUGCCAGUGACCUCUCCAAGAUUUCAAACGACGCUGGAAAGGAAGGACAACCUGCUGAAUUCCGCAAGUCUGACUAUACAGUUAAGGGGGGAUCCACCUCCGAGGGUCCGGCGAGUAGCUCAGUAAAGCUGGCUGGCAUCCGGCCCUUCCACCGUGCUCAGUUUCAGGCCAUACUCGCCGCACACCUCCCCUCGAACCCAUCUUACACGACACACUUCCGCAAGCGCCUCGCUUCCUAUGAAGCCUCGUCCAUCGAUCAGACAGCGAUUGAUCUUACCUUCACCGAUGGCUCGCAGGUUGUCUGCGACCUCCUCAUAGGAUGUGAUGGGAUCAAGUCUGUUGUCCGUGCCACGCUUUACCGUCCUUUGGCUCACCCGGCGGAUCCGGCAUGGAGCGGGUCGGUGGCAUAUCGCAGCCUCAUCCCGCGGGACGUGCUCGAGAAAAUCGAUCCGGAGCAUCCUUCUUUGACGAAGGCUGUAGUGGCUUGCGGUCACAACAAGCAUAUCAUUGCGUUUCCGAUAGCCCAGGCCACCCUCAUCAACAUCGUGUGCUUCGUCUCUCAGCCGGAGCAGGAAGGUACGAAGUACGACGGCGCAUGGGUUCGAGAAGCAUCAAAACAGGAACUCCUCGAUGCAUACGCCGGCUGGGAACCAACCAUGAUAGAGCUGCUGAACUGCGCGGAAAAGGUUACGUUGUGGGCGAUCAACACGAUACCUCCCCUCCCUACGUACGUAGGAGAGCGUGUUGCAUUGAUCGGUGACGCGGCACACGCGAUGACUCCCCAUCAGGGCUCAGGUGCAGGACAAGCGAUUGAGGACGGUUUUGUUCUCGCCAGCCUCCUCGCAGAUCCGCGUACGAACCGGCAGACGCUCCCCCGCGUGCUUCAAAUCUACGACGCGAUCCGCCGCCCGUUCUCACAGGACAUCAUGCAGCGCUCGCGCAACUCCGGGAGGCUCUAUGAGUUCGGGCUCUCGCCGACGGAGUCUGAGGGCGACGUGGUGGGCAUGACGGGACACUCGGCGGCGGAUGACAUCGCCAGGAGGAGUGCUGCAUUGCAACGGAUGUUGUCCUGGGCGGUGGAGACGUCUGUCAUGGACGACAGAGAUCGGGCGCUGCAGGCAUUGGAUAGAGUCACUGAGGAAUUGGCCUGAGCGGACUCUGUUUCAGGCGGUGCCAGUGGGUCGUUUUCGGUCACUCAUGGACUGAAUUGUGUGUUGUGUAUGGUAAUGACUGAAUAAUAACCCCAACUCACUACAGAUGAAAAG